ACUUGACUCAGUUGACGUAAAAUACCGAUGAUAAUUUAUCGGGUGUCAAAUGUAUUGACAUUUAUUUUCUGUUGAUUUCUCAUUGGAGGACGGAGUGGGUACAGUAAUACUAUCUCGUUGCGGAAACUCAAUUUUACACAUGAAUACAUUUUGCCUUAGCAUGAAUUUUUAUUGUAUUCCACACAGCAAACAGAAACGGUGGAAUUAUUAAUUGAUAUCAAUGGAACCGUGGAGUCAACGCACGAUGAUAUCGCAUGUGUCAAGAAAGACUACCGUUUAAAUUCAAUUGUAAGAUCCACACAUGGCAUUAUCGACGUGCCCAUGGGUGAAAAUAGAUUAAAACUGAUCAGCAACAUGAAGAUAGUCUUUUUUUGCUUUUUGCCUUUCGUCGCGGCUGAUGGUAUAUCCGCUAAAAAUCUCUACGAGUAUGUGACCAUCAGUUCAGGCAUCAGACAACACAUGCAAAGUGUCUCCCAGUACUUACAUAUUAUUGAUUCUGGAUCUCGAGAUGUCACCGACAUCAUCUAUAAAAACAUCAGUCAAGUCCUCGCGCAUUAUGGGCCCAAAAAGCAUCUGCAUUUUAUAUCUAAGUAUGAGCCCCAAGCGGUGGAUUUCGCCGGAAAUCAAAACUUGAGCGCGGAUUGUCGGCAAUAUAUAAUUGAUCUCAUCGAAGAAAGUAAACAGCAUCAGCAUGAGCUGUCAGAGUAUGUAGAGAAGGCUCUGGGAUCUUUCAUCGAGGAACUUGAGCGGAUUCAUAAAAAAUUUCAUUGGGCCGAAUCGAUCCUGACUGAUAUAGAAAAAAAAGUUUUCAAUUGUGGUUUUUUUUCGGAAACCGCUGACGCAAUCGAUAGUUACAAUUGCGCUUUAGACACUUUGAAGACAAUGGAAAUUUUGAAAAUUGACAUUACGAAUGUAGUGGUGACGGACGCACUGAGUCUGUUAUCAGCGAAACGAAAAAUCCUAGAUAAUCUUCACCAAUCGCUCUCAGAUCGAUUUAUUCCCGAAUUCUACAACGAAAAAGGAAGAGACCGUUGGCUCAAGAUAUUCUGCCCCAACGACUAGAAUUCAUCUCUCAUCCAAAAUCAAUAUUAUCCAAUUAUUAUAAUAAUUACAAAAAUAUACUGUAAAAAACCUAAUUAAUUUAUGG